AUGGGGGUGGCAAGUCUCUAUGGGACAAGCUCAGGAGAUCCGAUUGGGGUGGCAGAAGGUUCCUUAUUCCUUGAUGCAGCUUCCAGAUAUCAGGCCCUUAGAUUUUGGGGUGUAACUUCACCUUGUGCUGAGUUUUUAAUAAGUGACCGUGAUAGAGACCCUCAGUGUAACCUGCACUGCUCCAGAUCCCAAUCCAAGCCCCUCUGUGCUUCCGAUGGCAGAACGUACGAGUCCAUGUGUGACUACCAGAGAGCUAAAUGCCGAGAAGCAAGCCUGAGCGUGACACAUCGCGGACGCUGCAAAGAUGCUGGCCAAAGCAAGUGUCGAUUAGAGAGAGCUCAAGCACUGGAACAAGCAAAGAAGCCCCAGGAAGCAGUCUUCAUCCCAGAGUGCAAUGAGGAUGGAUCAUUCACACAGGUGCAGUGCCAUACCUACACUGGAUACUGCUGGUGUGUGACCCCUGACGGGAAGCCUAUUAGCGGCUCUUCUGUGCAGAACAAAACUCCUGUGUGUUCAGGUUCUGUAACUGAUAAACCAUCAAGCCAGGGUAACUCGGGAAGGAAAGAUGACGGUUCGAAGCCAACGCCUACCAUGGAAACCCAGCCUAUUUUUGAUGGAGAAGAAAUCACAGCUCCCACCCUUUGGAUUAAGCACUUGGUCAUCAAAGAUUCCAAACUGAACAGUUCCAGUAUAAGGAAUUCAGAGAAAGUUCAUUCAUGCGACCAGGAAAGACAGAGCGCUCUGGAAGAGGCAAGGCAGAACCCUCGGGAGGGCAUCGUCAUCCCCGAGUGUGCUCCGGGAGGGCUGUACAAACCUGUGCAAUGCCACCAGUCAACUGGGUACUGCUGGUGUGUCCUGGUGGACACAGGACGCCCCCUGCCCGGUACUUCUACGCGCUAUGAAACCCCGGUGUGUGAAAGCGAUGCCAGAUCGAAGAGCACAGAGAUUGAUGAUCCAUUCAAGGACAGAGAACUUCCAGGCUGCCCAGAAGGGAAGAAAGUCGAGUUUAUUACCAGCUUACUUGAUGCGCUCACCACGGACAUGGUACAGGCUAUCAACUCAGCAGCACCUGCUGCCGGUGGGAGGUUCUCUGAGCCAGACCCCAGCCACACGCUGGAGGAGCGAGUGGUGCAUUGGUACUUCAGCCAGCUGGACAACAACAGCAGCAGUGACAUCAACAAGCGGGAGCUGAAGCCCUUCAAGCGUUACGUGAAGAAGAAAGCGAAGCCCAAGAAAUGUGCCCGACGUUUCACUGACUACUGUGACCUCAACAAGGACAAGUCUAUCUCACUGCAAGAGCUGAAGGGCUGCUUGGGAGUAAGCAAGGAAGGAGGUAGCCUGAGCAGCUUCUCCAAUGGAAAAAGACAAGGCCUUAACCCCUUCAUAGGCCGCCUGGUGUAGGAGCAGAAGCAGGGAAGGCAAGGCAAGAGCCGACCCAAAGGAAAGAACGACCCAGCAACCGAUGGACAGACACCUUGCUGCUUGUGAGCAAGCAGGCAGCAUCAGCAACAUCCAGCGUAGCAGAAGUGGCACCCAGAACGUUUGCACUUUUUAAUAAUUGGUUUGGGUUUGAGUAUGUUUUUAAUUUCUUCUCGAUACCAUUAUCUAAUGCUUUGGAAGGGGGGCGGGAAAUGACAGGAUCAAGACUUUCUAAAAUUGGAACAGCUACUGACGACUUAAAAUUGAGUUCACUGGAACUCAAAGAGAUUUUUAUAUACUGUAUAUAAAUAUAUAUGUAAAUUGUACAGUUGUCUUGUACAGGGGUUGGAGUCUCUGUUCUGUCCCUCCCUUUGCUUUUGAAGGCUGUUAGAGUUAGAGGGACACUUUGCAUUUAAUGGAUACAGCAGUGCAAUGAUUUCUGCCACGAAGUCAUCCUUUAUUUGCAAACUGAUGUCCUUGACAUCCCUGUGCACAUAGGUAUGAGCAUAUCAGCAUGUCUUAUGUCCACAGAUGUUCACACAGUGCCACAGCCAGAUAACAAAUGCUUCCUGGGAGCAGCUGAACCCCAUCAGUUCUAAGUGCAAAGCAAUUUGCAACAUGCAGGCAUUGGAUUUAUGAGGGAGCACAGAUUACACCUCAUUAUUGGUGUACUGCAGAGCUGCUUUAUGUAGGCUUAGAUAAGGGUUGUAUUAAGGAAAUACAAAGGUAGUUUCUGCACCUGUGGCAGUUUGGGCAGAAAUGAAUUGC